AAUACGCAUGCGCGGGUGGCGUCACAUCCGCCGACAGACCCCCAGUCUCCGGAAGGAGCUGUAGAAUAGUGGCGGCGAUUUCUGCGUCCAUCAUCUGAGUUUCUUCCCUGCUGGAGGAGUGGGCUAAGCCGUGGCGACAUGGUGGAGGAGGUGCAGAAGCAUUCUGUACACACACUGGUGUUCAGGUCAUUGAAGAGGACCCAUGACAUGUUUGUAGCUGAUAAUGGAAAACCUGUGCCUUUGGAUGAAGAGAGUCACAAGCGGAAAAUGGCAGUCAAGCUUCGUAAUGAGUAUGGUCCUGUAUUGCAUAUGCCUACUUCAAAAGAGAACCUCAAAGAGAAGGGACCUCAGAACAACGCAGCAGAUUCAUAUCCGCAUAAACAGUAUCCUGCCAAUCAAGGACAAGAUGUUGAGUAUUUGGUGACAGGUACACAUCCAUAUCCACCUGGACCUGGUGUUGCUCUGACUGCUGAUACUAAGAUCCAAAGAAUGCCAAGUGAGUCAGCUGCACAGUCCUUAGCUGUGGCAUUGCCAAAUCAAGCCAGAGUUGAUGCAAAUCGUACUGCUCCUGCUGGAAAUGAGUACCGACACCCAGGGGCUUCUGACCGUUCCCAGCCCACAGCAAUGAAUUCUAUGAUUAUGGAAGCUGGCAAUACCAAGAACUCUGCAUUAAUGGCUAAAAAAGCCCCUACGAUGCCCAAACCCCAGUGGCACCCACCAUGGAAACUCUACAGGGUUAUCAGUGGGCAUCUUGGCUGGGUUCGAUGCAUUGCGGUGGAACCCGGAAAUCAGUGGUUUGUUACUGGAUCUGCUGACAGAACUAUUAAGAUUUGGGACUUGGCUAGUGGAAAAUUAAAGCUGUCGUUGACUGGCCACAUCAGCACAGUGCGGGGUGUGAUCGUAAGCACACGCAGUCCUUACUUGUUCUCUUGUGGAGAAGACAAGCAAGUGAAGUGCUGGGAUCUUGAAUAUAACAAGGUUAUACGGCACUAUCAUGGCCAUCUAAGUGCAGUGUAUGGUCUGGAUUUGCAUCCAACAAUCGAUGUCCUGGUGACCUGUAGUCGAGAUUCAACUGCGCGGAUUUGGGAUGUAAGAACUAAAGCCAGUGUACACACGUUGUCUGGACACACAAAUGCAGUUGCUACCGUGAGAUGCCAAGCUGCAGAACCACAGAUCAUUACUGGAAGUCAUGAUACCACAAUACGAUUAUGGGAUCUGGUAGCUGGAAAGACAAGAGUGACAUUGACAAAUCACAAGAAGUCGGUCAGGGCUGUGGUCUUACAUCCACGACAUUACACAUUUGCAUCUGGGUCUCCAGAUAACAUAAAGCAGUGGAAAUUCCCUGAUGGUGGCUUCAUUCAAAAUCUCUCUGGUCAUAAUGCAAUUAUUAACACGCUGGCAGUCAAUGCUGAUGGAGUACUUGUGUCUGGAGCUGACAAUGGCACUAUGCACCUUUGGGACUGGAGAACUGGCUACAACUUUCAGCGAGUACAUGCAGCAGUACAACCUGGGUCUUUGGAUAGCGAAUCAGGAAUAUUUGCUUGUGCUUUCGAUCAGUCGGAAAGUCGUUUACUAACAGCUGAAGCUGAUAAAACCAUUAAAGUUUACAGAGAGGACGAGACUGCGACAGAAGAAACUCACCCAGUCAGCUGGAAACCAGAAAUUAUCAAGAGAAAGAGAUUUUAGUGGGCACUGUCUUCAUGGUUGUCCUUUUAUUCAUAGUUUGGCGCUUAUGAGGAUGUCCAAUCAUUUGUGGAAGCUUACUUGGCGGAAGUCUUGCUGCUUUGUAUUUUACAAUAAACUGCUCCCUAUGUCCAU